AUGGCAUGGCAGCGCAAAGCUGCUGAACGUUAUAGAUCAUUGAUAUGGAAUGAAGCAUGGAAUUCCUUCGAGUUUAAAGCUCAAAGCUUGAAAUUUUCUGCAAAUCGUCAUACUGAGGCUGAAGGACCUGGAUUUGAUAUAUCCCGGCACUCAGGAGGCUCUAUUUCCCACAUAUGUUAUACAGAGAAAUUGCGAUCGAGGGUUGGUUGUGACCCUCAUCCAUAUGAGCUUUUUGAAGCGACACAUACAAAGAAGGGUACCUUUGAGCUUAUUGAUGCAAGAGCCCCAUCCAUUAGCAUCCUAUUUCUAGAGAGGAGCAAGCACUUCAUAACUGAACGGUUUGAAACAAGAGCUAGGAAUAUUCAAAAGAUCUCUGGGCCCUUCAAUUUUACCUCUUUUGGUUCUUCCUCCAAUGGCCGAAACUUUUACAUAAAGACUAGGAUUUCACAUAGAGUUGCAAGAGGAAGAGGAAGAUCAGGAAGAGGACACCAUAAGGCUAAGGUAUUCAACGUGAAGAAAUUUGGUGCUUGUGCUAAUGGCAGGCAAGACGAUGGCAAGGCAUUCUUGGCGGCAUGGACAGCAGCAUGCUCAGCAAGAGGAAGAGUUAAGCUUGUGAUUCCAAGAGGCACUUAUCUCCUUGGCCCUGUCAAAUUUAGAGGCCCUUGCAUUAGCUUGAUGAUCAUUGUUAAACUCAAGGGUUACUUGAAGGCAACAACAGAUUUAAGUGCAUAUGAGAAAGCAGGAGGAGAUGAUUGGGUGGAAUUUGGGUUUGUGAAUAAUCUCCGAUUAUUAGGAGGAGGAACAUUUGAUGGACAGGGAGCUGCCUCUUGGCGCUUCAACAAAUGCCCCCAAAAGAAAAAAUGCCAAGUCCUUCCCACUUCACUCAAAUUUGUGGGAUUGACAAACACAAGAGUGAGGGGAAUCAAAUCUGUCAACAGCAAGUUCUUCCACAUUUCUCUAGUAGAGUGCCAAAACUUCUGGGCCAGUAACAUUAGGAUAACUGCCCCCGGUAAUAGUCCGAACACCGAUGGAAUUCACCUUGACAGAAGCACAGGCAUUUCGAUACAUAACUCAAUUAUCACUACUGGUGAUGAUUGCAUCUCCGUUGGUCCAGGCAGCUCCAAAAUAAUUCUAAAAAACAUCCGAUGCGGUCCCGGUCACGGCAUCAGUGUUGGAAGCUUGGGAAGAUACGAAGGCGAGAAGGAUGUAAAAGAUCUUCUUGUCAAAGAUUGUGUUUUAACUGGAACGACGAAUGGAGUGAGGAUCAAGACAUGGGAGAACUCUCCGCAAUACAGCUCUGCUACCAACAUGACCUUCGAUAACAUUGUAAUGAAUCAAGUGUACAAUCCAAUCAUCAUCGAUCAAACGUAUUGUCCUUAUUCUUCUUGUGAUAAACAAUCUCCGUCGAAAGUGAAGGUAAGUGACAUUAAUUUCAAAAACAUUCGAGGGACAUCGGCAUCACCUGUGGCUGUAAGCUUGAAGUGUAGCCAAGGCGUGCCCUGCAAGAACAUUAAACUUCACAAUGUGCAACUCAACUACCAUGGCCCUACUCCAACAACAUCAUCAUGUUCAUUUGUUCAAGGCCUAAUGACAAGUGGUGUGCAAUUCCCCUAUCCAUGCACUGCUUAAUUUAUAGCCAACGCAACUAGACUUUGAAGAUAAUCGAUUCUUAUGAAUGCAUGCAUGCAAGAAUG